UAUGGUCGGGAAGAUAAUAUUUCUUACGGCUUUAAUUAUUGCCGCAGGACAUGGACAAUUAGAAUCUUUCUGGGAUUCUAAAAGAUCUUCAGAAAAGGACACGACAACUUCAAACGAAAACUAUACCGGUUUUCUAUCAAAUACGUACAAGUUUUUUAACAGCGUCAGCAAUCUCUUCACCGACCAGAAUACCGGCGACGAAAUCUCCGACGAAUAUAAGUCCGGCUUCAGCAACGAAGACUGUCACCUCACCUGCGACCAACUCAUCGCCAAAUACGGUCACCCGGUCGAAACGCAUGACGUCAUCACUGAAGAUGGCUACAUUUUGAAGAUGGUCCGGAUACCCAGCGAAGGACCGGUCGUUUUUCUUCAGCAUGGCCUAUUAGGAAGCGCAGACGACUAUUUAGUGGCUGGACCAGACAACGCUUUAGCGUAUUUACUCGCAAAAAAUGGGUACGAUGUUUGGUUGGCAAACUCCCGCGGCUGCAAAUAUUCACGAAAUCACACCGAGUUGGAUCCCUCCGAAAGCGCUUUCUGGGACUUCUCAUGGCACGAACUCGGCUACUACGAUCUGCCAGCCAUGAUCGACUACACUUUAAACGUUACUGGACGACAGAAGCUGAAAUACAUCGGUCAUUCGCAAGGGACUACCGCUUUCUGGGUCUUAGGAUCCGAGCGUCCGGAAUACAUGGAGAAAAUUGAACGCAUGAUCGCACUGUCGCCGAUAGCUUUCACCUCACACAUGAAGAGUCCGCUCAUAAGAUUUAUUGCUCCCACGGGAGGAUUGAUUCACAGUCUUGCAAAAAGUAUUGGUCUGUACGAGCUUGCACCUGAUAAUACCUUGAUGGCGUUGUUUAGAAGGAUAGCGUGUAGCGGGGGCCAGUCAGCUGAAGUCAUGUGUACUAACCUGAUGUUUCUAGCGACGGGGUAUAAUAUAGAGCAGCUUAACAUGACAAACUUACCAGUGAUUUUAAGUCACGUGCCUUCAGGUGCGUCAGCAAAGCAGUUCGCGCAUUAUGGGCAAGGAAUUAUGUCUGCAAAGUUCAGGAAGUUUGACUACGGUGAAAUGGAGAAUUUGGAGCGGUAUGGGUCAAGGGAAGCUCCGGACUAUGAUCUGUCGCGGGUAUCACCACCAGUGUCGCUCGUGUACAGCGACGCCGACUGGCUCUGCGACGCUCGGGACGUCGACAAGUUGCACGACUUGUUGCCCGACGUCGUCGACAAACAUCGGGUGCAAUCGACAAACUUCAAUCAUAUGGACUACGUGUUCGCGAAGGAUGUGAAACGACUUAUUUAUGAGCCGCUGAGUGAAAUGUUAACUCGUAAACAUAAAAAGGUUUUUAGUUAAAAAAAAAUAAUAUAAGUGCCAAACCGCUGAAAAACGAAGUUUUUUUUUAAGUAUUUGGGAUUACACGCGAGUUCAUCUGUGCUCUUGCGUAAUAGAUGCUAUUAAACUACUGGAUUGUUGAGUUCUGUGAUAAUGCUAACUUUGUUUAGAUUCUGCCAGUGAUAUUACCAAAUAUUACUCGUUUAAGUGCGGAAGGUCAAUGCCGGAUGUAUCAAUCUAUAACUUCCUUCGUAAUAGACAUAAUAUUUAAAUAUACCAUGCCAAUUAACUUGCGAAGCAUGAACCAAACGACCUUAUACGUUUAGGCAAACUUGUUUUCUACCAGUGAAACUCGGAUAUGUCUAGAAUUCUUCUACUUUAACAAAUAAAAAAAGCGUUUUUUUUUCCUAAUAUUUUUAUACCAGAUGUCCCGUAAACCAACGCCAAAAUUUAAAGACGACAUCACGUCAACUAUCGUAUUAAGCGAAUUUGACCUUGAAGAAAAUGUCAUGGUUUUUGAGAAUUUGCCGUUAAAUUUAAAGAACGUAA